AUGUCACACGAGAGGGAAGCACCGUCGGAUGAGCUUUGUAGGCUGGUUAAGGAAGCCGAGCAAAGGAAGCUAGCUCUAGUUAUAGGCUCCGAUGCUAACUCUCAUCACACUACCUGGGGGAGCUCCGACACAAACCAUAGAGACGAUCUGACAGUGGUGGCGCUGGAGGGCUGCAAGGAUGAGACGCUACUCUUUGGGUCCUGCUAUAUGCCACAUGAUGGAGAAGCACCACAGACGGAACUUCGGAAGCUGGUAGAAACAGCUGCCAGUAAGAAGCACGCUCUGGUGGUAGGAACGGACGCAAACGCACAUCACCCGGUCUGGGGAAGUGCAGAUAUAAACGACCGAGGUGAGUCACUAUUUACCUAUAUUCUUCAAAGUAGCCUAGAAAUAGCUAAUAGAGGUGAAGAACUAACAUAUGUGGGACCAACCUCGAAGAAUGUACUCGAUUUAACACUCUACACAAGCAGGCAUGUUAUGGUUCAGGAAUGGGAAGUGUUGAGUACGCCCUCAUUCUCUGAUCACAGAUACAUAAGCUUUCGGGCAAUAAGUGGUACCCGAUGGUUCGAAGGUACCGAAGAGUACAGCUUAAUAGUAAGAAAUGCAUUCAACACCGUAAACUGGGCCAAAAUACUGGACUCACUGGACGAGAUCGGAGUAUCCCCCUACCUGCGAGCAAUGAUACGAAGCUACUUCGAAGACCUCGUACUGGAUUACGACACAGCAGUAGGCAGAAAGAGUUAUAAGGUUUCAGGCGGGGUCCCUCAAGAUUCAGUCCUUGGACCACUGCUCUGGAACAACAUGUACGAUGGUGUUUUACGCCUCAAUAUACCCAAUGGUGCCAACAUUAUCGGAUUUGUGGACGAUGUCUCAGUAGUUAUUACAACGAAAAAGCAAAUCGGACAAUAA